AUGGCUCAGAUACCUUCAACUCGACCGGCCAGGGACGAUCCCACCGGCGAACCAGACUACUACCGGGACUUCUUAUUUGAUUGCUUUGAGGCAAUACGAUCGACAAGCGAGGAGGAGCAAAAAGAACUACUCCGAAUGAUCCGAUCCCAUAUUCCACUGGAGGAGAUUCGCAUCUACCUAAAUAAAAUCCUGCCAGAUGCCCAGAAAAAUGAAGGACCCAGCAAGAAUAAGAAGAUUAAAUACGACAUUAAGAUCGAGCAUGAUGCACCCAAAUUCCGCCCCCGGUCCAUGGAUAUUCGCUAUCUGUGUGGCAGUGCGCCAUACAAGGUCCCUGCAAGACCAUGGACUAAUGUCACCCAUGAUGAUGAUCUGGUCUCACACUUGGUUUCCUUGUACAUGACUUGGGACUAUCCAUUCUUCGCUUUCUUUGACCGCGAUACCUUUCUUGACCACAUGGCGAAAGGGAAGUUGAAUUCGGAUUUCUGUAGUCCGUUUUUAGUUAAUGCCCUCCUUGCCAAUGCAUGCGAUUAUUCGCAAUACUCCGAGGCAUACACCGUUCCGGGAGAUGUCAAAACGAAAGGCGCUGCUUUCCUCGCCGAAGCGGAGAAAUACAUGAGUUCGCACUCUUUUGAAAGAGGAAGUGAUAUUCGUCUCGCUACCUUGCAGGCAAUCUUACUAUUAUAUGAGAGAUACUCAGUGUUGGGACAUGAUAAUUUUGGCUAUACGAUGCUUCAUCGAGCGAUAGAGAUGGCAGAAGAGCUUAAAAUCGUCAAUAACAACAAACUAAGCCUGAAUAGCUCGCAAAUGUCCGAAGAAAUGCUGGUGUCAGUCAAACGCACUGCUUGGGGUCUUUUCCAGAUUGAUACUAUCGUGCAUACAAACUUCCUCAAACCGAGUCGUGUGCAUGAAGUGUGUGUAGACCGGAUCAAGCGAGGUGAACGAAGCACUGGGGAAGCGUGGACACCAUAUCCAAUACCAAGUUACACCCGGCCCUCUCACAUGGCUCUCUAUUUUGAUGAAGCUUGCAAUCUGUCUUACAUUGCCCGUGAUAUUUCAAAGAGUGUGGCAAUAGCAGAAAAAGAUGGAGUCGACCUGAACAAAGUGAAGCAAGAUAUGUACGAUCGACUCUGCCAAUGGGAGGCGGACCUCCCUGAUACUUUCAAACUUACAGAACGGCCGGCACCGCAUGUUCUAUUGCUCGGGAUGCGGUACCACGCGCUCGUCAUCAAUCUGUGCUGCGACAACUUCGGCUACUACUCCUCAUUCUCUAUGUUUGACAAGAGAUCACCCAUGAAUUUAAGUGCAGAGAGUGGGCAUACUGCUAUUGAAGCAGCCAUUCUAUCCGCGCGUGAAAUAUCCGCCAUCACUCAAUCGCUACGAACGGAAUAUGGAAUUCACUACAUGCACCAGUUUGCCAUGUAUGCGAUCAAUGUUGCUCUAUAUACCCUACUCGAGCAACCAAGCGUUGAUAUCCUCGAUCCAGACUUUUUAUGUCUGGCAAGUGCAUUUUCCGUUAUUGCAAAUCGUUCCCCGGUGGGAAGAAAUUUAUAUCAUUUCUUCAAGCUCUCCAUACGGUCACGAAGUCAGGGAAAAAAGCUACAAAAUUCUGAUGAAAUUCCACCAGAGAUCAAGGGAAUUUUCAGACAAGACCUCAUAUCACAAUCCCGGGAUAAAGAGCACCAUGAGGUAACAAGCUCGGCGGAGGACACACGCUAUAUGGAGAAGAUUGAAGAUACAUCGCAAGCAACCCCGGCACCUGGCUUGAAGGAAAUGAUUGGAGAAUACGAGAAGCUCAGCAUGGGGAAGGAAGAACGAGUGCUUGGUCAUCUCAAGGGCGAUGAUUUCUAG